AUGAUUACGGAUAAACGCGUCAACCAGAGGCAUCAAGUCACUUGCUACGUCUGCGGGGAACCGGGCCACGUCGUCUCCACCUGCCCCAAGAGGGUUGACUAUACGAAGAAGGAACAAGCCGCUACCGGAAGCAAGGAAGUCAAGGUGUGCUCGAAGAUUGUUAGAGGUGCUCUGGAUUGUAGUGGGCAAGAAGGCUAUCUAGAAAUUUAUGAGUAUAGUGAUGAAAGUGAUAGUACUGAUGAACGAACCGUGAUGGCAGAUGAUGAAUUCAAUAUAUCUGUUGUGCCUGGAAAUAGUAAUACGACCUCUGAGGAAACUGUAACUGUAAACUCCCCUAUAUUGUCUGUAGAUGAUUCAGAGACACUUUCGGUAAGCUCUCGCACCUUAACCGCAAAUGACUCUGAAGAAACUUUAUCUUGUAGUUCUCGUACAUUAAGCGUGGAUGAUUCCGAAGCUGUAAUAGAAUCUUUGGAAUGA